CGGAUUCACGGAGGGUCGUGGUGCUGCAGUAGCUGCGUGGUGGGGAGGUGUCAGCGGACUUCACCCUGUCACGGCUGUCUGUUCGUCUGGCAGCGGAGCAGAGCAGAGCGGGCAGCUUGUCUUGUCGGACCCGUAAGAAAAGAUGGCUGAUAUCCAGGCUAAGUUUGACACAGCGGCAGCUGAGGUGAAGCAGCUGAAGGCAAAGCCGGCAGAUGAAGAGAUGCUGCAAGUCUACUCCCUGUUCAAGCAGGCUAGUGUGGGUGACGUCAACACAGAUCGUCCAGGGAUGUUCGAUUUCACUGGGAAAGCUAAAUGGGAUGCCUGGGAGAAGCAGAAAGGCAAGAGCAAAGAGGACGCCAUGAACGAGUACAUCACCCUGGUGGAGCAGCUGAAGGAGAAGUAUGGGUUCUAACGCCGCAUGAAGCUCACAGACUGGACAGGCCGAGCACCGAAUGGAGGGCCUGAGAGGACGAGCUAAGGUCACCAGCAGCUGCCCGUCGUCCUGUCGCUGUGAAACGCCUUAAAUCCAAGGAGUGUGUCCUUACACACCAUGUGAAUGCCUGGUGGACCGCUAGUGAUUCUAAUGAGAUUAAGCAGACUUGAAUAACCACUCAUGUAUGAACAGAAAUGUUUUUCACCAGCAUGUGAUCAUUUUAGAACGAGUCCGGUCAUUUCAACAUAAAAUGAUUCUUCUCUAA